AUGUGGAUUCGGACUGGAUUAGCUAGUGGUGUGUCCAAGUUUUGUGUUUUUGUGAUUUUGUCGUGCUUGACCUUAGUAAUUUCACAAAAUGAUGUUCCUUUAAUUUUCGAUGCACUCAAGCUAGCAGAUCUGAAAUCUGCAUCGAAAAGCAUUAGGCAAGUCGAAGGCCCUUGCAAAAAUGUAUCAGAGGAUAUUUCAUCAUAUCCACAGUGGGCCUACCGUUGGACUGAAAGGGCCGAAAUCUCCCUUAGCACAGAAAAUCAUUUCCCCCAGGGUUUUCCUACGGACUUUUCUUUACCAAGAGCACCUUUCCAUAGAGCUCUGCAUAGCAUGGAAGGUGACUUUAGCCAGAAUGAAAUGAGAAGUCGAUGGCACAGCUUUGCGUUUAGCGUUAAGGGAAACUCUGUCACACUAAUUUACGAUUGUGAUACAACGAUAACUAGAUCAUUGGCUAGGGAGUCAGCAUCGAAAUUGAGCAACAAGGGACUCAUCACUUUGGGUCACCAGCUUUUAGAUGAUGGAUAUUAUAAUGGCGACGUAUAUCUUUUGCAAAUUGCCAGCGCGCCAGAUGAAGCUUACGAGUUGUGUCACAAAUAUGCGUCAUGUAUGAAGGGAAAUUCAAAAUGGAACUGGUCCAGUUCUUCUAGUUCGUACAGUCAAGAAAAUUAUGGCUCGAGAUUAAGUUCAACUAGUGGCGAUAUAUCGGAAACAUCUUCAGGAACAGGUUCCUCUUUUAAUUAUAGAGGUUUUGGGGGUGGAGGUCAAGCAACUCAUGAUGAGAAUGGAUCAAACUUAAACGUAAACCUGGCAGCUAAUUCGGAAUCCGUUGGAACAGCAGAAGUGGACAUCUUUUCCAAUGGAAGACAAGAAAAUAAUUUUAACGAACAAGGCAACUUAAUCGGUCCCGAUUUUAACCAAACCGCUACCAGUAACGAAUUCGAAGGAUCUGCCGAAGACGGAAUUAUCGUUUCACCGACAUCUGUUACCGAGACGACUACGAUUCCUGAAGAAGGAAGUGGUGACUACGAUUCGGGCUACGUAACUCCUGAAACGCCUUACUACAAUCCGAAUCGAGGACCGCCAGGUCCCAGAGGAUAUCCUGGACCCCCUGGAGCGACAGGACCGCAAGGUCCGAAGGGCGAAACAGGCAGGAAAGGUUUGGACGGGACUGUUGGUUUGCAGGGCCCGCCUGGACACGUUUUUAUGAUACCUACAAAUCAACAAAGUAACGAAAAAGGUCCAGACCAAGGAGUAGAAGCUUUCAGGCAAAUGCUCUCGCAGCACAUGCUGUCGAUGAGAGGCGCGGAAGGACCGAUGGGUUUAACCGGAUUGCCUGGCCCGCAAGGACCUACAGGACCUGAUGGACAAAAAGGAGAACCUGGAGAUCUUGGAGAAACAGGUCCUCGAGGUGUUAGAGGCCCACAAGGACCGUCCGGUCAUCAGGGACGCAGAGGACAGCCUGGUCGAGAUGGAGAAAGAGGGUUAACAGGUUCUACAGGAUCGAAAGGCGAACAGGGUCUGAUCGGAUUACCAGGUCUUCCUGGCGAUAAGGGCCACCGCGGUUUACCGGGUACUUCCGGUGAAACCGGUUUACCAGGACACGAUGGUAUGCCUGGGGAUGACGGACCAAUUGGUGCACCUGGAUUACCAGGAGAAAUGGGUCCUAGAGGAUUUUCCGGGCCCAGAGGCAUGCCUGGUUUACCCGGCAACCCCGGAAUACCUGGAAACGAAGGUCCGCACGGUAUCAAAGGACAUCAAGGGCUUACAGGUCCCGCUGGAAGUCCCGGUCAAAACGGCCCGCAAGGACCUAUCGGUCCGCCCGGACCUCAAGGAUUUUUAGGACCGCCAGGAAUUGCAGGUCCGCAUGGAAAGCCUGGAAUACCAGGAUUGCCAGGAGCUGAAGGACUUCCAGGCUCAUUAGGAAAACCCGGUAAUCCUGGACUAAAAGGUGAAGUGGGCUUGCAGGGGCCUCAAGGAAAUAUUGGAUUUCCUGGAUCGAGAGGAAUUAAAGGCGAUGAAGGAAAACGAGGUGUAGCUGGAGAAAAAGGCGAUAAGGGUGACAGAGGACUAGAUGGUGAAAAGGGUGAUAUAGGCAAUAAAGGUGACACAGGUCCGCAAGGACUUCAAGGAGCUGCUGGCCUAGAAGGCCCAGAAGGUCCUAAAGGUUUUGAAGGUCCAAGAGGUGAAACAGGCCAAAUGGGCCAAACCGGAGAAAAAGGAAAAGAAGGCUACCGAGGUUUUCCCGGUUAUCCUGGCGUUAGUGGUGACAAAGGAGAAAAAGGAGCUACUGGUAAACACGGCCCACCAGGAGAAAAAGGAGACAGAGGUAAUCCGGGCCAACCAGGCGAACGAGGCGAAACAGGUUCGAGAGGUUUCAGAGGUAUGCGAGGCCGACGAGGUCAAAUUGGACAAACUGGUCCUAAAGGUGACACUGGACAACCUGGCCCACCCGGUCCUCAAGGCGAAGUUGGUCCACCUGGAAACGAAGGAGUUCGUGGAUUCGCUGGAGCUACUGGCCCUCCAGGCAAUAAUGGAAAAGAUGGUGUUCCUGGACCUUCGGGGGAACGUGGACCACCGGGUGAACAAGGUUCUCCAGGAACCAUUGGUCUACCUGGAGUAAUAGGUCCUCCGGGAAACACUGGUGAACCCGGACCGAUAGGCGAGUCGGGCACUCCUGGACCAGUAGGAAUUCCAGGCGAAGUAGGCCCUCCGGGAGAUGCUGGCAAAGAAGGACCCACAGGACCGAUGGGACCCGAAGGCAAAGCUGGACCACCUGGUCCGCCAGGAUUACCCGGUUUUCCUGGUGAACGUGGCCAUAAUGGAUUGACGGGUAUGCCUGGUUUAAAAGGUGACGCCGGACCGGCAGGUCUUCAAGGACCUCAAGGCGACAAAGGAGCCCAAGGGGACGCCGGAUUACAAGGCGCUCAAGGUCCUGAGGGAAGAAAAGGACCUCCAGGUUCGCGAGGUCCUGGAGGAGCCAAAGGCGAACGAGGCGAAGCAGGCCCGCCAGGACCCGCAGGCCGCGACGGUUUGGCAGGAGGUGAUGUUGGGCCACCAGGAGAAAAAGGUUUUAAAGGCGGAAAAGGAGAUUCAGGCCCUGUAGGUAGUUCAGGACCUCCUGGUAUACGUGGUGAACCAGGACACCAAGGUCCUGUAGGCGAAAGAGGAAAUCCAGGUGAAAUUGGCCGAAGAGGUCUUAAGGGCGAACAAGGACCUGCAGGAUUAACUGGACCACCAGGGACCGCUGGUGCACAAGGACUUCCAGGACCACCAGGAGUUAAAGGAGAAAUAGGUGAUCUAGGGCAAAAAGGCCCACCAGGUGCUCCCGGAACACCUGGAGAGCAAGGAGCGAGGGGACCAAAAGGCGUUGAAGGUUUGCCAGGUCCUGUAGGACCUGAAGGACAUCAAGGUCCAAAGGGUCAAGAUGGACUAACAGGUAUCGCAGGCCCACCAGGAAAAGAUGGCACCCCGGGCAAUACGGGCCCUCAAGGUCAAAAAGGCGACGAUGGUAAAACCGGCCCGCAAGGAUCGCCAGGUCCGAGAGGCCCAGGGGGUGUGGAAGGGCCUAAAGGUCCUCACGGUCCGCCAGGUAUUCCUGGACCGCCAGGAGAAGCUGGAUUGGCCGGAUUGAAAGGAGAACCAGGAUUAACUGGUGAAGACGGUAGAGAAGGUCCUGCAGGAACAGCAGGCGAAAUAGGACCUCAAGGCCCUAUGGGACCGGUUGGACCACCUGGAAGACCAGGUCAAGAAGGAGCUGCUGGUUUGCAAGGUAGUGCAGGUUUACCAGGCGAGAAAGGAGACAAAGGGUUACCCGGUGGGCCUGGACUUCAAGGUGGUCCUGGAUCUCAGGGAGAGCCGGGUCCCCAAGGGCCUGUAGGAUUGCGUGGAGCGCCUGGAGCCGCAGGAGAAAAUGGAGCACCUGGUGCUCCUGGGUUGGUAGGACCUGUCGGAAAAGUGGGCGAACCUGGUCCAAGAGGUUUGAAAGGGGACAGAGGCAGACGCGGCCCUAAAGGACAUCGUGGUGAAGUAGGCCUUAAUGGUUUAAAGGGAGACGAAGGAGAACGAGGUGAAAGAGGUCUAAAAGGGGACAGAGGCCUAGAAGGACCAAAAGGCAAUAUUGGGCCUAUUGGUCCGAUAGGUUUAAAAGGAAACGACGGUCCACAAGGAUCGCCAGGUGAAGAAGGGCCCCCGGGUCCUUUAGGACCAGAAGGACCGGCAGGUCAAAAAGGUGAAACGGGACCAGUGGGACCUGCAGGACCUCCUGGACCACCUGCCGACAUGCCUCUGGUGCCUCCUGAGCUAUUGUUCCAAAUACAAGAGGCUGGAAUGACUAAAGGGGUUACAAGAAGAAGGAGAAACGUUGACGAUUUGAUAACCGAGUUUGAGGAGGAAGUCGAAAAGAAAAAAUCAGAAACGAAUGAAGAAAAUCAAACGACAAAUAAAGAAGACAUUAACUUGAAAUUUUUAGACAUGUAUUCGACUAUUUAUGCAAUGAGGUUCGAUUUGGAACGCGAACGGAAACCGUUGGGCGAUCGUGAGAAUCCUGCAAAGUCCUGCAGGGAUUUGUAUUUUGGACAUCCACACUUUGAAGAUGGCUGGUAUUGGAUUGAUCCUAAUUUAGGAAUGACAGACGAUGCGAUUUAUGUCUUCUGUAACAUGUCAGCCGAAGGGGAAACUUGCGUCUAUCCAGACGUUCAAAGUGCUAGCAUGCCAAAUAUUCCUUGGAAGAAAAAUGGAGAGAAUAUUUGGUUUUCGCAAUUCCAAGAUGGAUCAAAGAUUUCCUACGAAGGUGUUGGUCAAGUUCAAAUGACCUUCUUACGUUUAUCCUCACAGGAAGUUCAUCAAAAUUUCACAUAUUCCUGCUCAAAUAGUGUCGCUUGGCUUAAUUCUAAUACGGACAAAUACGAUUCUGCGAUCAAACUAAUGGGAAGCAAUGAACAAGAAUUCUCUUCAAGCGGCAUAAAGCCGAAUGUCAUUCUGGAUGGAUGUAAAUCUAGACAAGGCAAAUCCGAAACAAUUUUCCAAAUAAGGACGAAAAAACUACAUCAACUUCCCCUAACCGAUUUUUUUCCUGUCGACUAUGGCAAUUCCAAUCAGGCUUUUGGGUUUAACGUUGGCCCCGUAUGUUUCAAGUGAAUCAAAAUUGCCAAUUUAUGAAAUGCAUUUAUAAAUUUACAAGAUGACGUAGUUCUCCUAGAUUGGGAUUUAUAUUUAUUUUAAAACUUAUUUAGUUAGGUACUAUUUUAGCAUUUUGUUAAAUCUUUUUAAUUUAUUUUAGCACUCUUUUUAUUAUUGAAAUGUGAUAUAUUUUUAAGACACUGCCUUAGAUAAGAAUUAUUAUAAUUAAUAUUGAUAACGUUUUUUAUUUGUAUAAAAAGUCAUUAAUAUAUUUGAUGCCAGUAUCUGAAAUUAAAAAAAAAAAACUUGUUUGUACUUAAUUUAUUGCAACACAACAUUCAGUGCCAGGAUAUUUUGGUAAAUCUAAUUGAUACUUUUCAGCUAAUCCAUGUGGCACGAAUCUGCCCCCUAAAUAAUGAUAUCGUCCUUUGAAAUUUAAAGCGCAUUUUUUAGGGGCAGUCAGAGAAAUUAACAAUUCUGGUUUAAUACCACCUUCAGUCGGUUCUCCGUUCUCUACGUCCCAACCGCUUGG